GUUUUCCUGUCACAAGACCAAAGAGGCGGUGGCAUAACUGGUAGUGCGUGUGAAGUUAGUAUAAUAGCUCCUCUCACGGUAAAUCUGGAUGGAGAACAAACCAUUUAUGAGUCACAACAGAUCCUACGGCUUGGCCAACCCUGGCUAUUUAGCAACAGCGGAGACGGCACCAGCAAUGUUUGCCCCACCCAGCCCGGACAACUCAGGACCCAGCGCUCCUCCAGCCGGCAUGUUUGAUAAUAUGCCUGGCUAUGAGGGGACCAUAGCUGGAGAUGGAGGUGGAUUUCUGCCACCUCCAAUGCCUGUUGGUCCUGUACAGCCACCACAACCUGGGCCAGAGCAGCCACACUGGAACAUACCAUCUAUAACUGAAGACACAGCCCGGGGUGCUUUUGCUCUGUAUGCAUCCAGCAAGUGCUGUUACAGUAAAUCACCAGCAAAAGAUGGGGUCAUCACUAACAUGGAGGCCUUCAAUACAUAUAGAUACAAAUUGGAAACUUUCACUGAAUCAAGAUCUACACAGUGGGCACACGAGCCAUAUCAUGGGCAGCCGGUUGAUGCCUAUGCUCAACCACCACCAGGACCUUGGGAUAUUCCUGCUCAAACCCCAAGCUUUUUUCAGGAUUCCAAACAAGUCAUCAAAGUUCCAUAUACAUCAUCUAUGAAGCCAUGCCAUGUGUGUAUGGGCAUGGGACGAAAACCUUGCACAAACUGCGCUGGUAGCGGUAAUAAAGUUUGCUGGGUCUGCAAUGGAAGUGGUUUUCGCCAUGGAAAUGAUCGAUGCCAUUCCUGUGGUGGACGAGGACGGGACAAUUGCCACCACUGCCAUGGGAAUGGAUCAACACAGUGUCCAACAUGCCAUGGGAAACAACAACUCCUGGUUUAUAUCAACCUCACAAUAAAAUGGACAAACAAUAGUGAUGAUUACGUUGUAGAGCAGUCAAGUGGACUCCAGAUUUCCAACUUAAAAAAAGUGACUGGCAAGGAGCUUUUCAGGGAGUCCCAAUACUUGGUGUACCCUGUGAUGGGGUUUCCUGAUAUGUCUGUGGUGAAUGCUUCACAGCGUAUUGUUGGUGAACAUGUAAGCAGGUUCUCCCAAACAGCACGCAUCCUUCAACAACGGCAAACCAUAGAACUCAUUCCUGUGACCAAGGUGAACUACUCAUGGAAAGGGAAAUCACAUGUUUACUUUGUGUAUGGGAAUGAGUUUACAGUUCAUACAGAUAAUUAUCCAGCUACUUGUUGCUGCUCUGUUAUGUGAUCUAAAGGACUGUCAUUUAUGUCUCAUUUAUCAUCACCUUUAAGGAAUCAGUUAUUGUAAUAUUACAUGAAUACAUAUGACACUGAAUCAUUGUUACUGAAACAAAAAGUAUAUUUUACAAUGAAAAUGCACUUAAUCAUAUUUUGUCAUAUAUUUUAAUUGUGUUGGCAUUUAACAUGUGUUGUUGUAAUACAAUAAUCUUAUCUGCAUAGUUAUAAUUUUUUAUCACAUAUAUGUUUAUUAAAACUAUUCAAAAUGAGUAAUUUCAAAUAAACCCUGUAAAUAUAUUUGACAUUA